AUGGUCAUGGGCCAGAUUGCCGCGCCACUGAUGAUCAUCUCGAAAGCGGUUGGUUCGACUGGUUCCUUUUUCAAUAUUAUUGAUUCUGGCGAGCGACCGCACACCGGGUUGAAGGAGCCCCAAGUGUCGAGCGAAGAGGACAUUGUUUUUGAAAACGUGACAUUUGCAUACCCUACUCGACCGACCGUCCCAGUCCUGAGUAAUUUUAGCGCUCGAUUCCAGAAGGGAAAGACAACAGCUCUUGUUGGCCCAUCCGGUUCCGGCAAAAGCACCGCGAUGGCGCUAAUUGAAGCCUGGUACGAGCUCCAUGACCGAACUGGAGGAGGAAUCUAUAUUGGUGGACAAAACCUCGACCAGAUCGAUCUCAAGUGGUGGAGAUCCCAGGUGGCAUUGGUGCAGCAGGAGCCGUUUCUAUUCAACGACACGAUCUACAACAACAUCUGCUUAGGAUUCAUCGGGUCCCGUUGGGAGGACAAAGCCAACCUCGUCAAGUGGAACCUGGUGGUCGCUGCAUGCAAAGAGGCAUAUGCGCACGACUUCAUCCAGAACCUUCCGUCCGGGUACGAUACCACUGUCGGCGAGGGUGGGAUUACUCUGAGUGGGGGUCAACGACAGAGGUUGGCCAUCGCUCGCAGUAUUGUUAGCAAGCCGUCUGUCUUGAUACUCGACGAGGCAACAAGCUCCAUCGACAUUCAUAGCGAGCGGAUCGUCCAGGCCGCAUUGGAUCGCGUGGCAAGGAAUUGCACGACGAUUGUUAUUGCACAUCGCCUAUCAACCAUCCGGAAAGCUGACCAUAUCAUUGUCCUGAAACAAGGAUCAAAUGUCGAGGAAGGAACCCAUACCGAACUUAUGGGUAUGAACGGUCUAUACAAGAAGUUGGUCGACGCGCAGCGCAUCAGUACAGACUCUGUCAGUGUUAACCCAGGGGAAAAUGAGCUGCUGGGACACGCAGAGGAGGAACCGUUUGAGCCGCUGCUUAAUGGAAUCGAUAGUGGAAAAGACGGACCGAUCCACAACAGCGAGCGAGGAGGAGGGUUCAGCCUACUUAAAGGCGUUGCAGGUAUUCUUGCUACACAAAAAAGACAAUGGUUCCUUUUCGUGUUUGCGAUGAUCGGGGCAUUUGGUGCUGGAGGUAAGCCAAGUCGUUUUUGA